CAAAUACAACACAGUACUGUCGGAAGCUGUGCGGCAGCGCUUCACCAUCACAUAUGUUCAGGCUUAAGUCCGUUGGCCUAGCCCAUUGGUUUGAUUACAAUACAAAGUCACCGUCUUAAGAAGAACCCAUAAAUCGUUACAUUUGUUGAAGAUCAGCGUCCUAUUAUGUUGAUAAAUAAAUAACUCUUUUUCAAAGUUUGUUUUGGACUGAUAAAAGUCAGUUGAUUAAGAGAAGCACGCGAGGAACACGUCGGCUUGCUCUCUCGCAUCUCUCUGCCUAACCUUACGUGAAUCUUUUUAUUACCAAGAGUUGGCACGAUGUACAUCACCCUAUUGUUAUCCAUUGGUUCGGUAUUAUUUCUCCAAACACAUUCACAAGAGUGUAUUCAGCGCCAAGAUGUUGUGAUGGUUUAUGAACUGGCAUACAAUACUCCGAAUCAAUUCGAAAAUGUAGAGAAGGCAUUACAAGAGUUGAUAUGGUCUCUAAAGCUGAAGAACCACGACUGUAUCAGACUUGGUGUCAUUCUGGUCUGGAAAAAGGUUGAUACUUUGAUACCAUUGUCCUGCACAUAUGGUGAUGCACCGUGCUUUAAUACGGCGUUAAAUAUCAUCAAAGAGCAAGCAAAACAACAAGCCAGCUCCGGAAAACUGAAUGUUUCAUACGACAAGAGCAAUUUAGCUGCAGCAAUUGAAACUGCUUAUAAAAUGCUAAGCUCACAAAGCUCCGGUGCCAGAUUCAGCGUUGGUAACUCUGUUAUAUUGGUUCUGAACAAUGGCCCAGGCAAAGAUAAUUUACCAACAGAAGACGCUGUAAAACACCUUCACGACUACGGUAUCACAUUGUAUGUGGUUGCGAUGGGAGAUGGCAAAAAAGAAUAUUUGAAUGACAUUGUUCUUGAAAAAAACAGCGCGUUCCCGGUAAAAGAUGGAGGUAGUGCCAUGCCUGCCCUAAAAACGAUCAGUAAACUUAUCAAUGGAACAUACCGAUUCGCUGAAGAAACUUUUGAUCCAGAUACUGGAGAAAUCGCUACAAGUCUACGAGUUGAAUUUUCCCCUCUUUCUGUUAAUGCUGAAAGCCUACGGUUAAUACUCGCUGCUGAUGAAAAAUCAAAUAUAUGCAGGGAGGCAGUUGACAUUGGGUUUUUGAUUGAUUCUUCAAAAAGCAUCAAACAAUAUUACUCCAAGGAGAAGUUCUUUGUCCAAAGAGUAGCAUCAGCUGCUGGAUUCAACCAAGGUUCUCGAGCAGGUGUCGUUCUUUUUAGCUCUGCAUCCUAUGUGAAAAUGCUUGUUCCCUUUACAAAUAACAUUGUACAGUUUAGAAACGAUGUCGAAAAGAUGCCCUUAUAUGGGUACCAAACUAGAAUAGAUAAGGCGCUCAAAGUCGCUGGAGAAGAUUUAUUUGCUGCAAAGAACGGAGAUAGACCGAAUGUAAAAGAUAUCUUGAUUCUCGUUACCGAUGGGAAACAGCUUCCAGCUGCUGGUAAUUACGAUGUAGGAAACGAAAUCGUGGUUGAACCCGAAGUUGAAGCAAGACGCCUUCGAAGCAGGAACAUCACCAUAUAUGCCAUUGGUGUAGGUGGUGCAGUGAACAAAACUCAGCUGGAAUUGAUUACAGGCUCACCUAACCAGGUUUACAUGCUGAAGCGAUUCGAUGAACUCGUCACAGAUGAAUUUGUCAAGAAUCUUACCGAGUUUGCAUGCAAAGGAGGACAGCUGAAAACAGCUACACCAAAAGUGAUAACUUUUACUGACAAAGCACGAACGAGCCCAGCAACGACCCCAGCAACGACCCUAGCAACGACCCAAGCGACCACCCAAGCAGCAACCCUGGCAACGACCCCAGCUACCUCAGCGACUACUAAGGGAAAGAAUGACUGCAAAUGCAAAGAUUGCCGGGACUGCGGAUGUACAGAUGACUGUGGAUGCAGCAGAGGUUGUGGGGAAAAACCAGCUGUGUACUUGAAUAUCUUUAAUGGCGCAAACAGUAAUAACAUGGUGGUACAAAGUUCAGAGGUUUCUCAGACUGGCCCGAAAAACUCUCUUAACGAAUAUGGACAGGAAAGGAACAUUCACCCAAAAUUAAUGGCUGGGACUAGCCUUAAAAACAAAACUGUUGAAGAGAUCAGAGAGCUUCUUAAGACAUGGCUUCCAUAUCAAAGCAAAGUCAAUGAAGCUGUUGCAGAGCUAAUUCGUCGAAAUAUACAAAAGAGAAGAAAAAGAUCCGUUUAGAUUUUUUACAAAAACUCCUUCUUUUUCGACUUUUUCUACUAGCUUUUAAAGAUUUAAAACUUGGUUUUGCGUUGCUGUUUGCUGGAUUUGAAAAUCGCCAUAUGUGAAUCAGGACUUAGAAGGCUGGUUAGAACAAGACAGUUCUUGAUUUGAUUGGUUUUCAUCGAAUUGGUUUUUUUAACCAAUCAGGUUCAUUCUGGCUUGUGGACACGUGCGACAACACCCUUCAAGUGCCCUUAUAUGGACAUUUUCAACUUUCAACGAUCUUUCGCAAACUAGUUUGAUUCGAAUUCUAAUUAUAUAUUUCGAAUUCGGAUCAAUCUCUUCUUUUUUACAAUAAUGUUUUAUCGAUACAGAAUACUUUUCGCUGUGAUCAUGAAAAUAAUAUGCCUUUUUCUUAA